GCCCUGCAAAGACUUCUUCUACGAUGAGUGACGUGAUGAAUCCUCCGGAGGAUCCCGAAUCGACUUUCGAAUUGCCGAUUGCGGAGCUGGACCUGAUGCCCCAACAGCUGGAGGUAAUAGACCCAGCAGACGAUUGGACCGGAGUCACAAGCGCGAGAGAGAGAAGGAGGCGACAGAAUAGGCUUAAUCAGAGGACUUACCGUAAAAGGAGAGCCCCUGACUCUUCUCUCUGGUCAGAUACAUGCCAUGAUAUCUCAAAUCCGCUUGGACAAGAGAGUCCCUCAUUCGCCCCCGGUGAACUCCUCGUGCCAACGGAGGGAGGGCACCGAGUAUGGCCCCGAGUCUCCGAACACACAAAUUACGGCUUCGCUUGUGGGAUCCGGGUGCCCCUAUCGUUGUCCAUGGUCAUCCAACUCAAUACGUUCAAUGCACUUGCUUAUAAUGGGUGUCUACUGGGUAUUAAAGCAGAAACGCUUUGCGACGUGAACAGACUCUCUCCUUUCAGCGACGCGGCCUCGUUCAAUGUAGAUGGGAAAUGCCCUUCCACGCUUCACCCGACCAUCACCCAACAGACGAUCCCUCAUCAUCCGUGGGUAGACCUACUUCCAUUACCUCGCAUGCGAGAUAAUCUCAUCUGGGCUUUUCAAACUAUCGACGAGCGAGAGAUAGGUACCGACAUCUUGAACGUUCAUGAUAUAUAUAGCUCUACGUCCGUUGCUGGCGAGAAGCCAACCCUCAUUGUAUGGGAUGACCCUUCGAACCCUCGGUCGUGGGAGGCCAGCCCUGGCUUUCUGUGGAAAUGGGGUUGCUUGUUGAGAGGGUGCCAAGAACUGAUUAAGGCAACGAACCAUUGGCGUGAGAUGCGCGGAGAGAAGCCAUUCGUCGUUGAUGUGUCCUGACAACAGCAUGGACAUUAGGAUAAAAGUUGCUGUCACACGAUGCAGCUAAGCGGCCAUAACCAGCCACUGGAGUAGCUGUACACGGCAUUAUUUCUUAUUCACAGGAUCCCCGCACUCUGUAGAUAAAUCUUCAGAUCGUGCUAUAGCUAGAGCCAAACCCGAAGGUCGCACGCCACAAUAGUUGCACUCCUUUAGUGAAAUAUUCGAUUCGAGUUGACAAGGACGUCUCAUUAUGGGUGGGUAGGAUUGGACAGAGGGACUAUGAGAAUAGCAGAG